CUUCCCCCCUCCGUCCCCGGCCCACCCCUCCUUUUUACACUUCUUUUUUUUCACAAUGGAUACCUACAGGGUUGGAGCCUGGGUGUUCCUGGUCCUGUUGUGGCAGGACGGCUAUUUGGCAUCGGAGUUCCCGACACAGCUCAUGAUAAAGGUAUGGGUUGAACAGAUGCAGAAAGAGCUUGUGACCCUGGCAGACUCGGCUACACCUGGACAAAGCCUCACUCAGAUUUUUCUAAAAAACCAACACCUGUACACUGUGGAGCAAAAUGACGCAGAGGAGCUUGUGGCAAGAGCAGCCCGGAAAAUUGAACAGCUGCUGCGGAAGAGGUCUGCUGCCUUGGAGAAAUUGGCCACAGCUGCGGAGAAGCUACAGAUGGAGCAUAUGUGGAAAGACGACUUUGAGGGUGAUGAAAUCUCUUACUACAACGCAAAGGACAAUCUGGAUGCAAAUGAGACGGAGGGAAGAAAAUAUAGGAUCCGGCCGGAUUUUAAAGAGGAUCCAUCGUUUAAACGUUUGACUGACUACAACCACACGGCUGUCCACAUCCCCACUGACAUCUAUGAUGGCUCCACCAUUGUGCUAAAUGAACUGGACUGGUCGGAGGCAUUAGAGGAGGUGUUUAGAAAGAACAGAGAGGACGACCCGACUCUGCUCUGGCAGGUGUAUGGCAGCGCUACGGGGCUAGCUCGCUACUAUCCAGCUUCUCCCUGGAUGGAUUCUCGCAAGACCCUGAGUAAAAUUGAUCUUUAUGAUGUCCGCAGGAGGCCAUGGUACAUUCAAGGAGCUGCCUCACCUAAAGAUAUGCUAAUCCUUGUGGAUGCAAGCGGGAGUGUGUCUGGCUUGACUCUCAAGCUGAUCAGGACCUCCGUCAGUGAGAUGUUGGAGACUCUGUCUGACGACGACUACGUCAAUGUAGUUUAUUUUAACACCAGGGUGAAGAAGACGGCGUGUUUCGAACAUCUGGUCCAAGCCAACGUGAGGAACAAGAAACUGCUGAAGGAUGCCGUUCAGAACAUCACAGCUAAAGGAAUUACUAACUACACAAAAGGUUUUGAGUUUGCUUUUGAGCAGCUCUCUACGACUAAUGUGAGUAGAGCAAACUGCAACAAGAUUAUUAUGCUGUUUACUGACGGAGGAGAAGAAAGAGCUCAGGCCAUAUUAGAGAAGUACAAUGCUGAGAAAAAGGUGAGGAUCUUCACCUUCUCAGUAGGACAGCACAACUAUGAUAAAGGGCCGAUUCAGUGGAUGGCCUGCUCCAACAAAGGUUACUUCUAUGAGAUUCCUUCCAUCGGGGCUAUCAGAAUAAACACACAGGAGUACCUAGAUGUCCUGGGAAGACCAAUGGUUUUGGCAGACAAGCAGGCCAAACAAGUCCAAUGGACUAAUGUAUACCUCGAUGCUCUGGAACUUGGUCUGGUCAUUACUGGAACAUUACCUGUCUUCAAUAAGACAAAGACCAUAGAUGACAGGAAUGGCGAGCACCAGAAUCAAUUGAUUCUUGGCGUUAUGGGAAUUGACGUGUCUCUGAAUGACAUCAAGAAGCUCACGCCACGCUUCACAAUUGGUCCAAAUGGGUACUAUUUUGCCAUUGAUCCUAAUGGAUAUGUCCUGCUUCACCCCAAUCUUCUGCCAAAGAAUCCUAAAUUCCAGGAACCUGUUACCCUCGACUUCCUAGACGCAGAGCUGGAAAAUGACCUCAAAGUGGAGACCAGGAGAAUGAUGAUUGACGGGGAGACGGGCGAACGGACCAUUGACACACUGGUGAAAACUCAGGAUGAGAGGUACAUAGACCGAGGAGUCAGGACCUACACGUUUGCGCCGGUCAAUGGGACAGAUUACAGCCUGGCUCUGGCUCUACCGAGAUACAGUGAACACUUCAUUCAAGCCAAACUGGGAGAUGACCUGAAAAGAGCCAUGUGUGAGUAUACCAUGGAAACCAUACAACAGGAGAGGUUUGAUGAGUUUGGUUACACCUACAUUGCUCCAAGGGAGUACUGCAAGGAGCUGAAGUUGUCACCCAACAACACAGAGUUCCUCCUCGACUUUAGUCAGUACAUUGAUAGCAGCACUCCAGAUGCAUGUAAUAUGUCCCUGGUGAAUCGACUAAUUCUGGAUGCAGGCCUGACAGCUGAACUGGUUAAACUUUGGAACGAGCAGACAGUGGAAGGAAUAGUGUCCAGAUUUGUUGCCACAGAUGGAGGAAUAACAAGAGUCUACCCGAGAAGUGCUGGGGAAGAAUGGACUGAGAAUCCUGAGACAUAUGAGUCCAGCUUCUACAAAAGGACCCUGGACAAUAAAAUUUAUAUUUUCACAGCUCCAUCUUUCAGCUCAGAAGGCAGGGAGCCCGUCGCUGAGUCGGGUAUUCUAGUCAGCAAAGCAGUGGAACUCACAAUUGACGAAGUCACGAUCAAACCAGCUGUAGUGGGAGUGAAACUCAAUGUCUCCUUCUGGAUGAGCAUUUUCAUGAAUGCUACACUGAAGCUGAAUUGUAAAGAUGAGAUUUGUGGCUGUCUGAGGAAUGACAAGCAUGUAGACUGUGUCAUCUUGGAUGAUGGGGGAUUUCUUCUCAUGUCAAACCACGAUGAGUACAUCACACUGAUAGGUCAGUUCUUUGGCGAGGUGGAUCCUGUGCUGAUGAUCAACCUUGUGAACACCUCCCUGUACUCGUUCAACAAGACCUAUGACUACCAGUCCAUCUGUGAUCCAGAGAAAGACGGCAAGGCAGCAGCAGGACCCCGCUCCGUCUACGUGCCCACCAUUGCCGACAUGCUGAGUAUUGGCUGGUGGGCCUCCAGUGCUGCCUGGUCUAUACUACAGCAGCUCUUCUUUGGGCUUGUGUUCCCCAACCUUCUGGAGGCAGCGGAGUCAGCGGAAGAUGACAUACCGGACGCCAUGUUUAAGGAAAGCUGCAUCACAGAGCAGACUCAGUACUUCUUUGACAACAAUGAAACGUCCUACUCAGGCGUCCUCGACUGUGGAAACUGUUCCAGGAUGUAUCGUGCUGAGAAGUUGCCAAAGACCAACCUAGUGUUCCUGAUCGCCGACGCCAAGGCAACGUGUUUGUCUUGUGACCCGAGGCCACUACGGCAGGCGGAACAGCCCUCUGAAGGUCCAGAUCCAUGUGAGCUUGCUCAAAAUCCCAGAUACCGCAAAGGGCCGGAUGUAUGUUUCGACAACAAUGAAGAUGAUAAGCCCUUGUGCCCAAUCAGCGGAUGUUCUACAUUAAGUCCUACACCUCUCUUGUUGUUGUUUCUGGUGCUGAGUUCAGGCUUAGUCCCCUUACACUGCUUCAUGCAGACUCCCUUUGAGUUUUACGAUGGUCAAUCAGUGUGUCGAUAACCUCUUCCCAUCAUAAUGGAGAGGUGCAUGCUGGUUGGCUUUGAGUCUGCUGUCAUCAAUAUCGGAUUAAAUAUAAAACAUUUAGGCUACAAAUAUUUUCACUUGCUUCAAAUGGCUUUUAAUGUUAGCUAUGUUUAGCGUUACGCUCCUGUUGCACUUUUUGACUUUUGUAUGUGAAAAGCACUCUAUAAAUGAAUUGUGUUACCUAAUUAGACUAUAAUUUAGUUAUGCCACCAGAUUCAGUGUGUAAUGCACUGUGGCCAAUUUCAUUCCUUUAGGCUUAACACCAAAUCAAUUGGUUAGUGUGUUGGCAGAUUGUAAGUUGACCAAAACGUUCUUUGCUGGGCCAUUGCAAAAUGCAAGGCCAGGGCAAAUCAGGUAACAACAGUUGGCUUGAAAAAUAAAUGGCUCUCUAGAAUUAAGUAAAUAAUACCCUCUAGUAGAAAAACUUUAUUUUCCUUUGCAGAAUGCCUGACUUUCUUCAGCAUCUUUUUUUUUACCCGAACAGAUGGAGAGCAAAAUAAAUCUUGGCAGGAGAAAGUGUUAAAUCAAUUUGAUAUAAUUGCAUCGUACCACCACAAUUCAAUUAUAGCAGCACACAGCUAUGUAUAAAUGUAUUUGUAGCCAUCAUUUUUUUGUUAGCUUUGCUAAAUGCUUUGUUACCCAAAUAUAUUAUAUGUAUUUGGAUGUAUUUCUUUUCAAUUUGUGAAGUCUCUUUGGGUCUCAGCUAAUACAAUGCACAGUAGUAGACCUGAUACAGUAACAAAUGCCCCUAUGUAAAUGAGAUUGAAUGGAACUUCCAUUUGACUGUUUGAGAUCAGUAAAACAAAAAAAGCGAGGUGGAUAAGUCGCGUGAGAUCAUUGUUUUUCCACCCAAAUUCCAACAGUUUAACAGACAUCCAAAUAUUUGGGGCGAAGCAUUUCCCCUAUCUUUGUGAACUGAGCCUUUCAUUUGCUUCUAGAGACGUAAAUCACACACAUAAUGGGCCACUAAUUCUUAUGCCUGUAUGUUUAUAUUGUGGAAAAUCUAUGCCGGGAAGUAGCGGGAAGGUAAGGAAUGGCCGGGGAAGUCACUGAACAGUAGUAAAAGUAGGCCGCAUCCAUUUUCCUUUUUCUAUCUGUCCCAUUACUUUUGUCUUCGCUCCUCGUAGGAAGACAGUUUGUGUCUAGGCCAGUCCAUUUCAUCACUGGAGUAAACAGAGGAAGCUCAACGUGGCUUUCCUGCCCUUUGAAUAUGGAAGACUCCCACCUCUUGCUCCUAGGCCUUUGGCAUGCACGGAUAUCCUGAACACGCCCACCAAAUUCAAAAAGGCCACAAAGUGUCAAGGCAGGGGCUUGCACAUACACACAUGUGCACGUAAAACCGAAUAAGGCCAGGAACACCUCUACAACUAACAGAGAAUCCUUUUUGGUUUUCUCGCUGAGAGUUAGAUAAGAUGCCUCACUGGUUGAUAUGAAGUUACCAUUGGCAACUCAGAAGAAUGUGAGAUACCCAUCCUUUCAUGGAAGUAUAAGACUAAAUAAGUAUGACUUAACUGUCAUACUGUGCCUUUAAAAUAACAGGUAGAGUUAGGAAUACAAUAUUGCAACACAGUGAAAUAUAAUAUUAUUCAUAGUAUUAUAUUCAAUCAUGAACUGUUCAUUACUGUUAGUUGCAAAGUGUUGAUGUUUGUAGUUUUAGUGGAGCUACAAGAUGUGGGAGAAGACAGGUAUCUGAUUGAUUGACACCUGAUUUGUCCAACAGGAAGAUGAUUCUGACUGUGGCGGAGGGACCAGCCUAAGCAUGUGUCUUUGGCCGAUGCUUGGACUCCAACUACUGCUGUGGGUCAUCACAGCUUUACAGAACUCAUGACCCCUACACACACACACAUUCACACACACACACUGAUCAUCUCAUCCCAUAAUGGGCCAGAACACUCCAGGUACGCCAUCCAGGAUGUAUGCAGAACAAAAAGACAUUUUAUUUUCUGAUGCAAGUAUUAGCAUUUGCAUUUUCUAAUGCCAAAGGGUAAGCAUUUCUUUCCCCCUGGUCAUUCUCAAGAACAGAGACAAGUUUACUGUCCUUAGCUGCACUCAUUACCCUGAAAUACUCCUUAAAACCCACCUAUGGUGCAAGAGUAAGAGCUAACCAAACCCUUUAAUUCUGCCUCAUUUAUUUCUCUGAUUUAUUUAGCAGAGGUCGAGUCCCACUAUGCCAACUAAACAUCCUUCAAAGACUGUAUCUUCACUGACAGCGUUGAUUUGUGCAGUUGUCAAUAUUGUUUUUUUGCUUAUUAUACUUAUUAUGUAUGAAUCGCUGCAAUGAAUAAUUAUUUUGUCAACCAGUGCAACUACCAAGAGUAUCCCUUUUGUUGAAGUGUUUUUUAAAUGUACCGUACUGUAUUUAUCUAAUUAUUUUGUACUAUAAAAUCAACUAGUGUUUCGGGACUAGUUACCUGUUGUACUGUAGCAGCAUGUGCUCAGUCCAGAGCUAAAGACAGCACCGGUACUCUGACACCAAAGCUCCAUACAGAACCAAGGGCCGCGGAUACACACUCGAGUUCAAGUUACAACGUUGGCUGUUUGAAAUAGAUGGAUGUAGUAAACCGUUUGCUGAAAAGUAAGUGGGAUCAUGUGGAUUAAUAUUGUUAUGUCUGUACUUGGUCUGACAGCUUUGGUUGUCUUGAUGCAUCAGAUCCCCAGUGCCUACAUAGUAGCUCCAGUCGGAUAUCUGAAUCACAACAGUUGUAUUUUUACCACGUAAGCUUCUUUGAUAAGGUUUGCUUCAGCGUAACAAAGAAAGUAGCCUUUGCAGUAAUACGUUAUGAGAUGGACCAAAUCUGCUGCUAUUAUUUUAAUUGAUGUGGCCCGGGAAGCAGUAGGAAAAACCAGUAUUUUGGAUUAUGGGAGAAUAUAGUUUCUCUCCGUGGUCAAAACAAACCUAAACUAAACUUGAGCUUUGUAUUCCAACACCACUCUUUAUUAGUUCUGUUUCUGUUCUUUUUCUGGAUCACGGGCCUCAGGAGCCAGGAUGUGAACUGUGAAUGAGAUCAUCAUAUCAAAAACGGACUGAUUCAUUGUUUUCAUUUCCUUGCUGUUCUCCUUAUACUUGUUUCUUCUUUGUUUUGCUCUAUAAGUGCUGUAAAGCAGACGCUGAAGGCUCGGUGUCGUAAUGCUGCAAUGUCAUGGGAUGAGCUUGUUCUGUGUUUGAGCGCUAUGAUCAGCAUCAGGGCCUGUUGGAGAGAACUUUGAGAUUACACUACUAGCGGUGGUAAUUUUACAUUGCCUUACAUUGCCAUAACAAGUCAUAAAAGUAACACUUUAGUGUUUGUUUUCCUUCUAUAGCUAUUUAAACAAAGUUGAGUUCUCUCCACCUCGCCUUCAUGAUGACCUCGUUGAAUGUUCAGGUUAUGCCUGUCUAUCAAAGUUGCGUGUUGACUUGUGUUUUAACCUGGGGGUCCUGUGUCUAUGUGCAGGCAUGUGCGUGUACCUCCGAUAUCUGAUUGUGCUUUAUUAUUGCACAUAAAUUACUCUUUUGUGGAACUUGAUUAGCCUGAAUACUUUUUGUAUAAAUUUGUACACCGAUACUAUUUACUGUAUAAAAGAGAAAACAAAGGAAAAGAAAAGUUGUUUAUAAUAUGGUGUUGAUUAUUGUGCAAAUAUAUUCACAAUAAAAGUGUUGUAUUGUUAG